AACCGGAAGUUGUCUUGAAGUUUGUUUCCAAGAGCAACCUUUCAAAGUGGACGACGCCAUAGGAUUUACAACUUCACACUUUCAAUCUUUGACACUGCCUGUGGCAAUAUUUUGUCGUCCAUAAAGUUAGCGUAUGCAACAGUCCCAGAUUUAACUACAUAAAAAUGUUAGGAACAAAAGCUGCCACAGCAAUAGGACCAGAAUCCUGGAGAAAUUCUACUUUGAAAGGAAUAAAACUUUCUAACACUAUUGUCAACAAAAGUGAUAAAUCAUGUGAUGUUGGAAGGUCCCUGGACCCUUUGCCUCAUCUUCGCGACACAGUUUCUCAGUUGAGUAAUGAUGAAAUCCACAGGUACACUCGUGAGGUUAGAGCUGUUGUUGCUAAGCUCAGGGAAAGUCUUCUAGAGACAAAUGAGGAAAUCAAGUCACUUACAAGGGGAAGAGAAGCUAUCGAAAAAGCACUUGAACACACAAGAAAAGACAUUAGACUUAACAAAGACAGCCAAGAGGUCAGGAUGUCAAGACCUCCAAGAGAAAAGGGACAUGAUGGUGCAGAUGAUUUAUUAAAUGCAGAAAAAGCACAUUUAAUCAACUGUAAAAAGGCAUUAGAAGCUCAGCUGAGAUCUGUUCAGCAACAAUUAUUAGUAUUAGAUGCUGCCAGAAAACGUUUAUUUGGUGUCUUACAAGAGAGGUCCCGUGUCCUUGACCUCCUUAACCACUCAUUGUCCUCCAUCACAAAUGUCAACAGUGCGAUGUCCAACAUGUCCAGCUCAGGUAUGCGUCGUAGUAAGAGUGUCCAAGAUGGCCGAUAUUCACGUAUGAAUUAUUCAAAUUUACCUGAUCCUUUGGGUCCAUUUACACCUGAAGCUGAUCAGGCAUUGGCUGAUGCUGACGAUGCAAGGGCUAGAUCUGCCUACCUUAGGCGGGAGCUGAGAGAAGCCAUUGAUAGAACUGAUAAACUACAGAAGGCUGCACACAAGUCUGUAAACGAUGGUUUAACACAGAAAUUAUCAGAGACUGUCACACUCAAGCAACAUCUUGGUGUGAGCUUUGGAGAGAAUCGUCAUGGUAUGCACAGAGCACAGAGAUGGUACGAUGCCACCGAUAAGGCUAGGAGUUAUACACUGGGUCCAGUUGCUAGUUCAGACUUAUCAACAAGAGAAAGAUUAGACCGUCCAAUGGUCAAAGUAUUCCAGAGACAUCCUGGCACACAGCUACCAGAAGCACAGGAAAUUAUAAGGGGAGGUGAUGGAUUACUUCAGUCACUCACAGCUACCAGUAGAAAUAUUGGUCUUCUAAGACUAACACAGCUGAAAUUACGUAAUGAUAUAAAGAGUAAGAGUGCUGCUGCUGGCAUCGAUGGAAGUAUUAUUAGAUUGAGACGAAGCAAAAGUAAUCAUAGAUGGACACUUGGAGAGGCAUUCUAGUGCAAAAACUGUUUCAUUUUGUUAUAGAACUUUUAAAUGCUAAAUAUUUGCUUCAAAUAUUAUAAACACUAUUUUUAUGCAUGAUGCGUUUGUUGUUAUGAAAUCAAAAUUUUAGUAAUUGUUAUUUUUUAAUAUGAUUCCGUCCAAGUACUAAUUAUGAUAUACUGUGAGUUCAUUAUUGAUCAGAAGCUACUAGUAUUAAAUGUCAUGAAUGAUAUUGGUAAAGAGAUAUAACAUGAAUUUAUUUUUUUCAACAAAAUACAAAAACCUUAAGUUAUAGGAUUUUAAGUUGAGGAUAUAUUUCAAAGCCACCAAAUUUAAGUAUCCAUGAAAAUACAAAUUUUUCAUCAUUCACUAAAAUUGGUAACCAUGAAAAUUAAUGAAUUCACAGUUUAUGGACAGAUAUUUUAGUUUAUAAAUGUGUAUUUGAAGACAUUUAAUAUUUAAAGAGUUUUGUUAAAUGUUUGUAGUAAGAGCACAGUUUGAAUUUUUUCUGGCAACUUUUCAUUAUAACUUACAAUGUUCAUUUUUUUCUUUGAUAAAUCUCUUAAUUAUGUGUAAUGAAAAUACUUAAUACACACAAUAUGAUAACUGUUUGUUUUGUUUCAAGAAGGGUGAACAUUAUGUCGACAUGAAUUUUAACACGGGGAUCAGGGACUAAGUAUGAAGUAUUAUUUUUCUAUCAUUUGAAGCAUGAUAACAUUUAGCACGUCAUUACAUCAGUAUUCUUCAUCUUAUAAAACCAUUUUGCUCAAAAACUUAUGCUGGUUAUCUUGAAGUCAAGUUUUUGUCACAUGUUGGAAUUUCUCUGCUUAAUCUUAGAUUUUAUUAACUGUAUUAUAUAUAUAAUGAUAAGUGUUUCACCAUUCCAGUCUUUAUUGAAGAAAUUGUGAGAGGUUUGACAAUUUAGUGUAAUUUUGAUAUUGUCAGAUAUGGUAUGAUCUUGAUCUACGGUUAAAUUUUGGGUUUUGAAAGAAAUCUGAAAGAACAAUACAGAUGUGAUUAAUCCAAUAUGUGACAGAAAAGUAUAUAGCUUGUUGGUCGUUGUUUAUUGUUGCUGUGAUAAAAUGUAUAUUUGUUACAGUAUUUUAUUUGUUUUGUUAUUUGUUAGUUUUUACAUGUUUUUACGUAGAUAAACUGCUGAUUAUUUUUUGUAAUUAGCUGACUUAAGAACAGUAUUCCUGGAAGAAAACCAUCUGUGUGUUAGCUGUGGUCUGUUUUACAUUCCUUUAUUGUAAUACUUUCUGACUGUCUGUGAUAUUUUUUCUUUUUAAAUCUUGUGCUGUAAUUUUGUGUCAUGGUUUAUAUCAGCACAACUUAGAACAGUAUUUGUUUUCUGUUGAACAGGCAUACUGUGUCAUGGUUUAUGUCAACACACAUUAGAACAGUAUUUUUUUCUGUUGAGCAGGCAUUGUGUGUCAUGGUUUAUAUUAGCAUACCUUAGAACAGUAUUUAUCUUAUUUGUAUUGUGUCAUGGUUUUUAUCAGCACACCUUAGAACAGUAUUUAUCUUCUGUUGAGCAGUUGUAUUUUGUCAUGGUUUAAAACAACACACCUUAGGACAGUAUUAUUCAAAUGAUUCUACCGGUACAUAAAUAUCCACUUCAGCAUUAGUCAUAUACUUCUUAUUUUUCCAACAAACCUAACGAAUUAUUAAAGCUUUUUUAAAUAUUUACAAGCAUUAUAUAUAUAUAUAUGUUCAUAUUGAAACAAACAUUAUUAUUGCUUUAGUAAUUAUGAUUAGCUUUAUACACGCUUUGCAUACAUGAUAUAAUAAUUAUGCACCUUUUACAUUUAAUUGUCAUUUAAUAAAAUAUAACAAAACAAACAUUUUUUUGAUAACAAGAUUCAUAUUGUUUUGGCACCUUAUUAUCAGUAAAAUAUCAAAACCUUCAAAAAUUAAAUCUUUCAAAAAUAUUAUUAAAAAUCAAAUACAUCUGUAAAAUUAAUAUCUCAUAUUACUUUUUAAUUCAAAAGUUUUUUACUUUUUUUCGAAUAAAGGAGGGAAAUAUUAACAACUAAAGUCUUGUAGGUAACUUGGGUAGGUAAAGAGAGAAUUUUGAACUGUUGUUAGUAGCUGGUAUAUAUAGAUAUAGAAGGCCUGAGAAAACCCAUUGUAAGAAACUACAGAAGAUUUAGAGGGGACUUGAGAGACAGACCCCCCUUAAAUGAGUUUAAAAGAAAAAUAACAUUGUUUUCAAUUAAAUAUAUAUGCAAGUUCUGAAUUGUUAACUAUACAUUUAUGUACUAUAUAGACCUUUGAAGUAUAACCAAGUGAAAAACUGAUUUACACAAUUUGUUAUUAGAUAAGAGAUAAGUAAUCUGCUCAAUUCCUUUUAUUGAACAAUAAUAUUAGUUAUUAAAGUUAUAGUUUUAGGGAAUUAUUAAAGACUUAAUGUCUCUCCUUAUUGAUAAGCAAAAGUUAAAUUGUAACAUGAAGAUUUUAAACAGGGUAGAUAACUUAAAAACUGCAGCCUUCUGUCUUGCCUAAUUGGAAUGCUUGAUUUUAAUAGAUGCUUUCAUAAUGAUAAAUAAUAAUCUGGUUACAUAUAAAUUAAAUAAAAUAUUUAUAUUAGCUGAUUUAAAUAUUGGAGCAGUGUAUUGAGACCUUUGAAAAUAUAUAUUUUAUUAUUCUUAUAUUUCCCCCCAGUGACCCCACUUAGAAUCUCAGAAAUAAUCAAAAGAAAUACAUCUUUACAUGUAGUUUAAAGAAACAGUUUUUUUGUCAGUAUAGGAAAUGUUAUACUGGGCAUUGUUUAUUUAGUAGUGAAGACAUGUACAGUUUUUAUGGCUCAGUAUAUAAUGUUCGACUGUAGGUUCUGAAACAAAAAUUGUUUUGAUGUUUCUAUUUAUAUUACAAAUCCAGAAUUUCAUGAAAUAUGUCUUUAUACAAGGACUGGUGGUGAAGGAUAAAGAUUCAAAUUGUAAAAAUUGCAAAAAUACCUAACUUUUGGCUGUUAGAUAAUUUUAUGCAUAGAUGUGAAAGUGUCUGAAUUUAAAGAGCAAAUAUCAAAUUCCAGUUUAUGUUAAUCUUAUGCAAAAUGGUUUGAGUAAAUAAUUAGAUGACAUGUAUGAAACAGUAGAAAUCAACAAUCAGUUUGUUUCUGACCUGUUGAGAAUUUGAUAGUCUAAUCCUGAAUAUUAUACAAUUGUUUCAGAAACUAUUUCCUUCUAAGAUGUUGAGUAUUUUGAUAGCCUAAUCCUGAACCUUAUACAAUUGUUUCAGAACCUAUAGUCCAUUGCUAGAUUAUUGAUCAGUAUUAGUUUGUCUUUCAUUGUCUUGUAUGUUCACCAGAUCUGUUGUUUGAGAUAGAUAUUUUAUGCACACAAAUAUUGUUAUCAUGAGUGCUAAAUAAAAAAUAAAGCAUCAACCACUGUU